AAUAAAGCUCCCACCAUUAAUGGACAUGAUCACUACUCAGGUUACAAUCAAUACAACAGUCAGCAGCAGCACCAGCAGUCAAACAAAGCGUCAAGCAACUUAAAUGAAGAGGAGAAGAAGAAGACAUCUAAACCAAACUUUGACAAUCAAAAUGCACUGCAUCAACCUACAUCUGAUUUAACCUUUGUAAAAGUUGCACAAACUAACAAGUCAAAUGAAACUGCUGCCAUCCAUAGAAACAACAGCAACAACACCAACAACAUAAAUCACACGUAUCAAACAAAACUCAAUGGGAUAUCCUUAUCAGAUACAAAGUUAGAUGAGAAGACAUUUGUUCAAACGAUCGAUAAUGAAGGAGCUUUGGGAUCUAUAAUAUCAAUCAGUCCUGAGGAAUAUGAGAAGAAAGAGGCAGAUGAACAGAAACCUGAAGGGAAACAAAGCAGUAUUAUAACAAUGUAA